AUGUCACCUGUACAACUAUCUAAUAAAGACAAUUCUAAUAAUUUUUAUUCUGAAUUUGAUCUUAAGAAAACAAUUGGAAAGGGCACUUUUUCCGAAGUAUGGUUAUGUGUGCAACGAAACAGUGGACGAGAAUAUGCGGCAAAAAUAUUGAAAAAAAAUUAUGGACAUUCAGUACUGAACGCUGACACAUGGAACGCCAUAUCCGAAGUUAAUGUAGCAAACUCGGUGGGAAAACAUCCGUUCUUACUUAUGCUAGAAAGUGCAUACCAUGAAAGAGAAACGGGAAAAAUUAUUUUAGUGUCAGAAUUGAUGAAAAAAUCAUUAUAUGAUAUUAUAGAAAACGGAGAAUGUCCACUAUCAGAAUAUAGAAUUAAAACUUAUAUGUAUCAAAUGUUGGAAGGCUUAAGGUAUUUGCACGAGAAUGGCUUUAUUCAUAGGGAUAUCAAGCCAGAAAAUAUUUUGCUGAGAUCUCGGGACAGAUUAUUAAAGAUUGGUGAUUUUGGAACCACUUGUCAUGCCACUGAUGGCCAUCCGUAUACAGAAUACGUGGCAACUAGAUGGUACCGCUCACCUGAAUGCUUGUUGACACGAGGUUGGUACAAUUCAAAGAUGGAUAUUUGGGCAACGGGAUGUGUACUUUAUGAAAUAGCUACCGGUCAUCCGUUGUUCGAUGGUCGAGACGAAAAUGACCAGAUGGAAAAGGUUGACCGGGUAUUAGGCUCUCCAGACCAAAGAUUAACUAAUAAAUUUAAAAAACAUAAAUCUGAUGUGUUCGUUGCUCGAUACGAAAUUAAUAAACAAAAUGAAAGAACCUCUGGAAUUGGCUUGCAUUCAGUGUACCAACCAUACCGCCCGGCAUAUGAAUUAAUCAAAGAUAUGAUAGUUUAUGAUCCAUCCAAGAGGUAUUCAGCUGAUCGAUUAUUACGAAAGUCGUACUUUUAUGACAUUAAGAAUACUGACUAUGAAAAUAAAAUGAAUGAGUUUGAAAAAUUGCUCAGAAAUAAAGCAAUAAAUAACUUAUCCAAGAUAGAUCAAGAAUCGAACACAACAAUAUACAGGCAGUCUUCGAUAAUUAAAAAACAAGGUCCUGGCGGAGACCGUAUACAAAACUUGAAGACACAUUCUGUAAAUGCUGAAACAUUUGAUAGAUUAUCUGCAGAAAUAAAUCAGAAAAUUGAUCAACCAAAAUUGGAGAAAAGAAAGUCGAAUUCGCACAAAAUAUUAUGUCCAAAGACCAAUAUAAAAAAAACUAUUAUCCCAGAACUUGAAAAUAUCCGCCAUGGAAAUCGAAAUCAAAAUACACAUAAUAUAUUUUCAAAGGACAAUACAAAAGAUAUUUCUCCAUCAAAACAAAUAUUGACAACCUCAAUAUCGACAUUAAACAAAGGGUCGGUAGUAAAAAAUGUUAGAAAUAAAUUUGUCAACCGUCCACCGUUCAAAUGA